UAAUCACUCCUGGCAUAUCAGUUUUAGUGUAAGCAUUUAAAUGGAGAUGAAGUUUAUAUAAUUACCCUGACAUAAUGAGGGUAUGAGGGUUUCUAACUUUGUAAUAAGGUAUCCUAUGAUGAAGUGAAUUGCAGAGCAAUAUACACUUUGUUCACUUGGCUCAAUGGAGAAUAGUUUAAAGUGGAAAAAUAACAUUCAAUUUUUGCCAUCCACCAAGUUCCAGGGUUUGGCUCAAUUUUGGACCAUACAAAUUGGACAGUGGUCUGGUAUGGAAUUUCAGUGUAAAAUGAACCUUUCCCUCCAUAUAGUUCUGUUCCCAACUUAUCUCCUCAUGGAUGGGGCUGGUAGAGAAAACACAAUGUUUAUCCACAGAUUAGCUUUUAUCAGACUAUUGAUAUCUUCUUCCUUUUUCAGAUGGGUGAGUCCAGUGAAGACAUAGACCAAAUGUUCAGCACUCUGCUGGGAGAGAUGGAUCUUCUGACCCAGAGUUUGGGAGUUGACACUCUUCCCCCUCCUGAUCCUAAACCACCCCAGGCUGAAUUUAACUACAGUGUGGGUUUUAAAGACUUAAAUGAGUCCCUAAAUGCACUGGAAGACCAAGAUUUAGAUGCUCUCAUGGCAGAUCUGGUAGCAGACAUAAGCGAAGCUGAGCAGAGGACAAUCCAAGCUCAGAAAGAAUCUGCUAAGAAUCACCAUCAGUCAGCACCUCUGGAAGCUUCAGAUUGUAGUGGUGUAGCCUCUCUUGGUUAUGGCGCAAAUGCUGCCGCAAUCAGUAUCAGCCAGUAUGAGGAUAACUUACCACCUCCACCGGCUGAUCCCAUGCUGGACCUUCCACCUCCUCCUCCACCUCCUGAGCCUCUUUCUCCGGAAGAAGAAGAAGCCCAAGCCAAAGCUGAUAAAAUUAAGCUAGCAUUGGAAAAACUGAAGGAAGCCAAGGUUAAGAAGCUCGUGGUCAAGGUACAUAUGAAUGAUAACAGCACAAAGUCACUGAUGGUGGAUGAGCGACAGUUGGCCCGUGAUGUUCUGGACAAUCUCUUUGAAAAGACUCAUUGUGACUGCAAUGUGGACUGGUGCCUUUAUGAAACAUACCCAGAAUUACAAAUUGAGAGGUUUUUUGAAGACCAUGAAAAUGUUGUUGAAGUCUUAUCAGAUUGGACAAGAGACACAGAAAAUAAAGUACUAUUUUUGGAGAAAGAGGAAAAAUAUGCCGUGUUUAAAAACCCGCAGAAUUUCUACUUGGAUAACAAAGGAAAAAAAGAAGGCAAGGAAACCAAUGAGAAAAUGAAUGCAAAGAACAAGGAAUCUUUACUUGAGGAAAGUUUCUGUGGAACAUCUAUCAUUGUACCAGAACUUGAAGGAGCUCUUUAUUUGAAAGAAGAUGGAAAAAAAUCCUGGAAAAGACGCUAUUUUCUUUUACGGGCUUCUGGAAUUUAUUAUGUACCCAAAGGAAAGACUAAGGAGAAGAGGACGGAACAGGUUGUACCUGAAAGCGGGGUGGUGGUGGGAGGAAGGUAGCACAAACAAUGUAUACACAUGUAAGUAAGUGUAAAAAUGAUAAAAGGAGAAAAGAAAAAAAGCUUAUUGAGAAUUCACAGAAAAAGAAAUGAGAAAAGCUAUCAGGUAAAAGUUGUUCUAUCUUACCAGUAAUUAGUGCAAUAAAAAUUAAACAGUGAGAUAUCAUUUCUUCCCAGGUGAUUGAUAAAAUUAGUAAUAUUGAUAUUCAAUUUUGGCGGUAGUGAGUAAGAAAAAAAGUUAGAAUAUAAACUGGUAGAGCAAAUGUAUAAGACUUAUGCAAAUGUAAAAGGGAGUACCCUUCCAAAUGGCCACAGCACACUUGGCAAUCCAUCCCAUAGAAAUAUCUUCUCAUACACAUAGUAUUUUUUGUAGUAGCAAAAAAACUGAAAUGAUCUCUGAUUUCAUCUAUAGUAGAAUGCUAGUUCAAAAUAAAUUGCUUUCCCUAUACAGUGUAAUCCUACACAGCCAUAAAAUGAAUGCCAUAUGGCCUUUCAUGUGACCUGUCAUAGAUACCAAGAAAAAGAACAACUUAUGGAACAGUAUAUGUAAUAAAAUCUCAUUUGUGCUUUAAUUUUGUUUUGAACUGGGGGAGGGGUGUCGCUCAGUGGUAGUGUUUGCCAUGCAUGACCCUGGGUUCAGUCCCCAGCACUGAAAGAAAAUUGUGUAUGUAUGUGUUUGUAUGUAAGUGGUGCAUCUAAUCAUUACUGUAUAAAUGUUUACCCAAAAACAUCUAGGAGAAUACUAGCAAGCUGUUAACUGUGAUACCUCUGAAAAGGAAUAAGAAAAACAGACAAUGAAGGAAAAUGUGCAUUUUAUUAUACAUUUGAAUUAUGAUGAGUAUGCAUUAUUUGGUAAUUAAAACUUCAAAAAUCCAGAAGAAAAUAGGUGAAAAGCUGUACCACUAUUUAUAAAGGAAUAAUUGCACACUGCAGUAUGGCAGUUCUGCCCUUUAUUCCUUAUUUAAUCAGUAGGUAAAGAAUUGUAAAAUAAAAAAUGAAUAAUGGAACAAGAAACGCAAUUGAUGCGUAACCAAAUAUGUAGAUUAGAGGCUGCCAUCUUCGCAAGCAUAUUAUCUGUGGAGAAGAGGUCUCUGUUUCCAUGGCAACCACACCAGCAGGAAAGAGAAAGCAGGAAAGAGCAUGGAGCGUGUGCUAAUGUGUUGAGCACCAAAUUUACCUCUCCUCAUUCAUCCUGAGGGGGAUUUUUGUUGUUGUUAAUGUUCAGUCCCAAACCCAUCACUGACUUAGAAUGGCAAAAGCCAGAAUGAAGUGUCUGACUAGGUGCUCAGCUUGUCUUCAUUGCAUUCAUAGUGACAUCCCACGCUCUGUGGAUUCUGAUUCUGGGAGUCGUUGGCAGGUGCUAGAACAACAGUGUCAUCUUUCACUUUAUUUCAGGGCCUGUGGCACUGGAUCUUGCAUUGGUCACACUCUUUGUCUUUCAUCUUGUGUACAGACCUGGCUCUGAGAGCAUUAAAUAUCAUGGAUGUUCAUAUACAUUAUCCAAAACUUCAACGUUUUCUCUACUAAAAUGGAAUUCUUUGUUUUGCCAUCAAGAAGAACCUUGAGAAAUUAUCAACUGUCAUC